AUGAUGAGACAAAAGCCAGCAUUUAUCCUGAUUGUACAGCACUGUGGGUCUUCACAGAAAGGCAGACCCAGACGUUCAGUUAGAAAGAAGCUCCGUGUCUGUGAACGACACGUUAAGGUGGCUCAGAUGGAAAACUCCUCCAGUGAACUUGUUUUUGUGCUCCAUGGCUUGAAUGAGACUAAAACAAAGAGACAGAUAUUUUUUGCCAUUUCUCUUCUUGUCUACGUUUUCACCAUUUUUGUGAAUUUAACUCUGAUUUUGAUCAUUUUACUGGAGAAGAUUCUCCAUGAGCCCAUGUUCAUCUUCCUCUGUAAUCUGUGUCUAAAUGGAAUCUGUGGCUCUACGAGUUUCUAUCCAAAGCUACUGAUUGACCUUCUGUCAGACUCUCAUGUGAUCUCAUACACUGCAUGUAUAAUUCAGAUAUUUGGAAUCAGCAUGUAUCUUGUCUGUGAUACAACUAAUUUAACAGUAAUGGCUUAUGACAGGUAUGUUGCGAUAUGCAAACCAUUGGAGUAUCACUCCAUUAUGACGCUUCAGAGGGUGAGAAUGUUGCUCCAGAUGAUGUGGUUCUUAUCUUUCUUUGAGAUAAUUGUCUGGUUUAUGUUGGCAGUCAGACUCCCCUUGUGCGGAUCCAGAAUUGAGAAGCUUUAUUGUUUUACCUGGGAUGUGGUGAAGCUGUCAUGUGUAGAUACCACCUUAAACAACAUAUAUGGCUACUGUUGUUUCUUUUUUCAUACAUUUCAAUUCCUGCUAAUUAUAACCUCCUAUGUCCAAAUCACCAGGAUAUGUAUAAAAUCUCAGAUAGAACGUAGUAAGUUUAUGGAGACCUGCCUGCCCCAUCUUAUCACAAUAAGUACUUUUUCCAUUUCUGUAAUUUUUGAUGUUGUUUCAGCACGUUUAAGCUCAGACGCCUCCCUGCAGGCUCUCAGAAACAGCCUUUCUAUAAUGUACCUCAUUGUCCCUCCAAUCCUGAACCCUCUCAUUUAUGGUCUGAAACUGAAGCAGCUUCGUAGGAUUGUAUGGAGGCGAUUCAACAGCAAAAUUACUGCAUUGAAAUAACCAAGUGUGGCAUGGAGGUUCAGGGGGGGUCACACUGUCAUCUCACACCUCUAAGGUUGAGGAUUACAGUCUGUCCUCUGCUCUCCGUGUGUGGAGUUUGCAUUUCCUCCCUGUGUUGUGUGUUUUCCUCCCACAGUCCAAAGCAUGUGCUUCCGGUAACUGGUGUCUCAAAAUCGCCCGUAGAUAAUAAGCGUGUGCUUGUAUGUGCGCUGUGAGGGUCUGGUGUUCUGUCUAGGGAGUACCUCAGCUCUGUGCUACCUAGGAUAGGUUGCAG